AUGAGGCGGAGGGACCCUGAGGAAGAAGCCUGCGGCGUGUGGCUGGACGCGUCGGCGCUGAAGCGGCGGAGAGUGCAGACACAUUUAAUGAAGCCAGACACCAAAAUGCUAACACUCUUUCCUGGAGAGAAAAAGGCUAAGAUUUCUUUUACUCAAAGAAUUCCACCUACAGGCACUCGGCAGACCAGCAUUGCUUCCUUCUUCACCUUGCAUCCAGGAAAGACAAAUGGUGGUGACCAGAGGAGUGUUUCAUCUCAUAUAGAAAGUCAGAUCAACAACGAGUCUGAGAAAGAUGCAACCCAUCUAGAUCAUCUGAUCCAGGGCUUGGAGGACGAUUGUAUGUCACCCCCAUUAGCCACUUCAACCCCUGCAGAUAUCCAGGAAGCUGGACGUUCUCCUCAUUCCCUCCAGGCUUCUGACCACCACAGAAUGGGAACUCCAUUUUUGACUAUGCUGUCUUUGCCCCAGCCUGACACCUUGGUCUGUGCUGGAAAGAGUAAAGCCUCAAUCUCUUGUUCCUUCACUCAGAACUUGGAAUCCGGUUCUUACUUGCUGGACCAAAAGGAAGGAGAGAAAGACUCUUCCUGGAAAAGGGAAUGGCUUCAUGGAUCUAAGGAAAAAAACCAUCAGGAUGUGGAGAGACGCGUUCAACCACCUGGGGGCAAGGGCCUUCAGCCCCUGGACAAGAUUAAAUUGGAAAAGGUGUCUGCCAGAGAAACCAGGCAGGCCCCCAUCCUCCUUCAAACAUGCAGGGAUUCCUGGAAUGGAGAAAACACAGACUCAGUGAAACAAAGCCCUUGUCCUGUCCCUGCGUUUUCCUGGGACAGUGAAAAGAAUGACAAGGACUCCUGGAGUCAGCUUUUCACUGAGGAUUCUCAGGGCCAGCGGGUCAUUGCCCACAACUCCAGAGCUCCUUUCCGAGAUGUAACAAACAAUCAGAAUCGGGGCUUACGGCAGUUUCAUAAUAGCUCUUGGGCUCGGUGCCAGGAGAGGCCCACUCAGUUAAAUCUGCAGCCUGAUUUGCUCUUUACCCAGGACUCUGAAGGUAAUCAAGUUAUCAGGCACCAAGUCUAAAUGUCUGUAUGAUGGUUGGUUCCAAAAGUACCUUGAGAUGACAAAGCUAUAGGAAAAUAUUGGGCAGAGAGAUGGGAAGGGAGGCAAGGGAUGACGUUAUUACUGAGCACUUUCGUUGUGUAAAUAAAGCAGGAGGUGCCACUUGUUGAGACUGUAUGAUUGACAUUGUGCCUCUCCCCGAGGAAGAGGUGGCUGGUAACCUUGUACAAGUCUGUGAUGAGCACUGAGGAGGUAGGGCAGGUAAUUAUCCUUCCAGUAAAGAGCCCUUACUCAGCCUGCAAAGCCACCUCUUUGCCCUUUCAGAUGUCUGACUAGGACACUGCUUCUUAUGGAUGUGUGUUCUAAUUUCUGGCUGUUAUCUUAACCACACAACCUUGGGACCAUUAUUCCUGACACCUUUUUGAGUGAUAAGGCACAUCCUCCUGGGUCUAGAGAUAGGGGAGCAGGGAGGAUAGAGA